AAGAAGAAGAGAAAAGAGGGGGGAGAAAGAAGGAAGAGGGAGGCAAAAGACGAUAAGGAAAGAGAAGAAAAAGUAGCAUCAAAUAGUAACCAUCAGGGAGCAACAAUAUCCAGUAAAAGGGAAGAAGUGAUAUUGUGGAAAUAAAGGGAAAAAGAUAUUGAGGCUCUAAAAAUGGGAUUUUUCAUAUUGCGAACAUCAGUUGAUUGAGAGCUGUAAGCAUGGCAAAGAAUCUCAUUCAGAGGCCUCUAAUCUUUCAAGAUGAAAAUUCGGAUGUGUACCUCAAAAAGGGUGUGAUAUCUGGCAAAUCAAAGAGUGGUAAACCAUAUGCUAUUAAGAACGGUAUUAUAGGGCUUAAAAGUCGUAAUGCCCUCAAUGACAUCACAAACAAGUCAACUGCCCCUCCUGAAGAAGCAACAAAGAAAAAGAGUUCACAAAAGGAGCUUAAAGUUCCCAACGAGCUUAACAUUGCAGAGGAGACAUUUCAGCAUGAUCACAAAAAAUGCAUUGAGGCACAAAGAUCCGCAAUGACACUAAAACAUUUCUUGGACUUAGUUCUGCCUGGAUGUGAUUCAGCUUCUCCUAUUGAAAUUCCAAAAACGGAUAUGGGAAUGAGCGAUCAAGGAAUUGAUAGCGCACGCUGUUACCCCGUACCAGAAGAAUUGCCUAUGUCAGAGUUCUCUUGGUUGAGAUCUUCAUGGAAGUCUCCUCCAACUUCUCCAAAGAAGAGGGAUUCACCACCCUCCUCUCCUUUUCGAUGGGAGUUUGAGCUGAUUGAAUUCACAUUGAAGGAAGAAAACGAUUGCUGAAAGUGCCAGUGAACACUACCAUAUGGUUAAUGACAUGCACACGCAUCAGUGACCCAACAGCUCUGGAUUUUGUUGACUCUUCUAGUUUUUCACUAACAGUAGGAGACUUGUCUUUCUACUUCUAAGAAAUUAGUUUGUGCUAAUACAAGGGAACUGGUUAUGCUUGGCUGUUGAAAGUUUGUGACACCUUGUAUCUUGAAUGAUGUGUAUUUUAUGAUGAGUUGCUCUAGCUUUUUACCUAUAAAUGGAGUUGAUUAUUUGAAAAGUUCA